AUGUCGCAAUCCGGUAUGAGCUCAUCGAGACUGCCGGCAACGUGUCUCCGAAUGCUACGGGCGUCCUCCGAUACUAUCUGCAAGCCAUCCACGCGAAAUUUCACGUCCUGCCAAUUCCGAAGACCAACACCGGUCGCCGCACAAUUGCGCAUCUCCAGAAAUGCAUUGCCAUCCUCAGCGCACCAUAGGCUUUUCUCCAGUACGAUAAGACAACAUGCGAAGACGGUCCAGCAAGUCAAGGCUCGGAAUGAAUCUGGACCCUUCUCGUGGAGAGCAGGCAUACUCUUCUUUGCCACGGGCGCCGGCCUUAUUGUAUACUUCAAGUACGAGAAGGAACGCAUGCAACGACAGCGGAUAGCGGAGCAGAACAAAGGCAUUGGGAAGCCGCUGGUGGGCGGAAAAUUUGAAUUGAAGGAUAGUGAGGGCAACAUAUUCACGGAGGAUGAUCUCAAGGGCAAAUAUUCGCUGAUAUAUUUCGGAUUCACGCACUGCCCGGAUAUCUGCCCAGAUGAACUUGACAAGAUGGCGCAGAUGAUUGACAUUGUGAAGCAGAAGAAGGGCAACAUCCUUAAAGCAGUCUUCAUCAGUUGUGAUCCUUGGCGCGACUCACCAGAAGUGGUCAAGAAGUAUCUAGCAGAGUUUCACCCUGACAUUGUUGGACUGACUGGGGACUACGACAACGUAAAGGCUGUGUGCAAGGCGUACAGGGUCUACUUCAGUACCCCGCCAGAGCUCAAGCCUGGACAGGACUAUCUGGUGGACCACAGCAUCUACUUCUAUCUCAUGGAUCCGGAAGGCGACUUUGUAGAGGCGAUCGGACGCGAGCGAACAGCGGAGCAAGGAGCAAAGGCAAUCUGCGAUUUUGCAUCUGAUUGGAAGGGCAAGAUCAACAGAGAGUGA